AUGUCAACCUAUGGCACCAUGCUGUGCUUCCAGCACAUGAUACUGACCAACCCACAGCGUGAUGCUGCCAGGAUCAUCAAAGUCUCUUUCGGGAAAUAUCCAGACAGGGCUUUUGCACCUCUGGGCGAGCUCCCGCCGCCACAGCCAUCUGCCAAGCCAGAAUAUACCGCCUGCCCAGGAACGGCGGCCACCAACCCCCACCUCAAACCUCAAAGCGAAUCAACAGCAUCGCACAUUGUCGAUACCCCUGAUUUUGACACGACCUCUUCCUACAUUUGGCAACGUUUCCCGUCCGAAGCCCCCAUUCUUGCCAGGCUGGGCUGGGCCGCAGAUUUGGUUCUCAGCUUCCGUGGAGCUGGCUGGAGCAGUUCCAUCUCUGUUAUCCCCAAGCCGUAUACAUCGACUGCUAUUCAAGACGGGCAGCCGGUUUGCGUCGCCUCUAUUCCAUCGGUCACCAGAGCCGGGUUUGAAUACAUACACUCUCCCGUAAGCUUUUUGCGGCACCGCCUCAAAGUAUUGGUUGGGGCAUGUCUCGUGCUAGACUUCCUCGGCACUUUUAUGAUGAAGGAUCCUUACUUCAUCUUUGGACGUGAAAAGUCUGUAGAAUAUGCCCUGCCGUGGUACCUAGCUGGCUUGUCUCCAUGGCGUCUCGAGGCAUACCGCCAGCUGUUUUCAAUCACCGGCGCCUUCUGGGCCGUGGCAGCGGCAUAUAGCGUGGCGGACAUGGCUCACUAUUGCGUUGUUAUAUACUGGUGCCCAUAUCGGAAUAUUCCAUGGCUGUAUACGUCUGCGUUUGGAUCCUUUGGUGAGGUGUUUGACAGAGGUCUUGCCGGACUCUGGGGUUCUUGGUGGCACCAGACCUUUCGGCAGCAGUUCCUCGGCCCUUCUGCAUUCUUACUGAAGAAGGGACUGAUACGCAAAGGCACCAUGUCGGGGAACCUCGUGGGCUUGCUGAGUACAUUUGCCAUGUCAGGUCUCCUUCAUGGAAUGGGGAGUCUGUCCGCUGUUCCCUCAACGAAGCUCUGGAGCCAGCCCGUCUUUUUUUUGCUGCAAGGUGUUGGCAUCAUUUUGCAACAACAGCUGGCUUCUAUACUACAGAGAACAUUUCCCGUCAUCCACAUUACUAUGCGGCGCGCUGGAAAUGCAUUGUUUACACUGCUGUGGCUCUACGCCACGGCGGCCCUUUUCAACGACGACAUGGCCGCCAUGGGGCUCUGGCUGCUGGAGCCUGUGCCUUUUUCAGUUUUUAGAGCCCUGGGAUUUGGCUUCCCAGGUGACGCAGUGUGGCGUUGGGACAGCUCCUACGUUUUCCGAUGGCAUUCGGGUCGUCAUUGGUGGCAGAGCGGCAUCGCCAUUUGA